CAGCGGAGACCCUCAGCCCACCCCCAGAGACAAAGACCGAUCCCACAGCAAAGCCAAGAAGGCCCGCAGGGAGCGUCGCCAUGCCGACAGGGGGGCGGAGACCAGCACUUCCGACCUGCCUCCUGCUGGCGGGCAGAUGGGGGAGGAGCCAGGGAGCCAGGUCUCAGAGCCGGUUGCAGGUCCAUCGGAGUCCAGUUUGGAUCCAUCUGCUGGCGGGGAACCUGCAGGUUCUCCAAGACAACGGCGAUCCAUCAUCCGUGACCGCGGGCCGCUGUACGACGACCCAUCUCUGCCUGAAGGCUGGACCCGCAAACUCAAACAGAGGAAGUCUGGUCGCUCGGCGGGCAAGUUUGACGUGUACCUUAUCAAUUCUGAAGGAAAAGCCUUUCGCUCUAAGGUUGAACUCAUUGCCUACUUCCAGAAGGUCGGAGACACAACCACCGACCCAAAUGAUUUUGAUUUCACUGUCACCGGGCGUGGCAGCCCCUCCCGCCGGGAGAAACGCCCCCCCAAGAAACCCAAGGUGGUCAAACCAUCGGGGCGCGGCCGGGGAAGGCCUAAAGGAAGUGGAAAGCUCCGGCAGGUGACAGAGGGCGUGGCCAUGAAGCGUGUUGUUGAGAAAACGCCGGGUAAACUGCUGGUCAAGAUGCCCUUUGCCAAGGCAGAGUCCACAUCUACUGCCUCAACAGCCAUCUCACCGGGGCCGAUGUCUACAAAGUGUCGUCCCGGUAGGAAGAGGAAGUCGGAGCAAGAACUUCCUGCACCCCUGCAGACCGCCCCCAAGAAACGUGGCAGGAAGCCAGGGUCUACUGCAGUGACAUCAUCGGUUGUCACAGCACCGUCGUCCUCGGCGACGGGUGGUGCAGGGAGCUCAGCAGCUGGGAGUUACGCGGCAGCCAUCUUAGCGGCGGAGGCCAAACGCAGGGCAGCCAAAGAGUCUUCCACUAAGGCCGUCGUCCAGGAAACGGCCCUGCCAAUCAAAAAACGCAAAACCAGGGACACAGUGGAAGAGAGAGAGAGCACUCAGAUGCCCACUCCCUCGUCUGCUGAGCCUGGAGGGAGAGUGGGCGGAGAGGGGGCGGGAGAGACUUCCUCUGAGCAGAGCCAGUCACAAUCACAGAAGCAGCUUCCUGGUUUGGGUGAGAGCCAAUCACACGGACACAAGCCACAUAAAGGGAAGAAGCACAAGGAGAGAGCAGAUAACACAGAAGGAGAGGGGAGUCACAUCAGUCCAUCAAAAAGCAACAAGAGGAAGCAGCGCAAGCACCCCCCCCACCACCACCACCAUCAUCAUCAGUUGUCCUCUUCUUCCUCUUCAGAACAUCCUCCCACCUCCACCCAGCCCCAAUCUGAGCACCACCCACAGACAGCUCCUCAAGCCCUGCCCCUCACACAGACACAGGCUCCACCCCAAUCACAGGCCACACCUCACAACCAGGCUCCACCUCAAACUCAGGCUCCACCCCAGUUCCUUCCUGGACCUCAUCAUUCUCUUAUCCAGCCCCGCCCCCAGUUGCAGUCCCUCAGGCAGGUUCCACCCCAGAGGGCUCAGCUGCAAGCAUUUCACCCUCCUGCCCCACAUCGAAGUGCCCCACCACCACCACCCCACCACCCAUCACCAUCCACGCCAUGCAUCCAGCAGUCCCAGACACCCCAAACAAGACCCCUACAGCCCCCACCUCAGUACCGGCCCCAGUCCCAGCGCCACCCCCAGCUGCCCCGGCUGCAUGUACAUCACCCCCAGUUUCACUCCACAUCCCCUAGCCUCACGAGAACCAGCCCAGCCCCUUCCCAAGCCCCCACCCCGCAGAACCGGGGCGAGCUACCCCAGGAUCUCAGCACCCCACGGCCUGGCCGGGUGAGCCUACCGUCAACCAGAGAGGGUAACCGGGACGGGAUCAGGGUGGAGCUGAGAGGUGAGGGGUCACCAGGGACAGACAGGAGAGAGAACAGCACCUCCACAGCGGUGUCAGGGCCCGGAGCAGAGGCAGCAGGGGAGGGGACAGAGCUUAGAGACAUCGUCCCACCAUCCGCUGUCCCCCGGCCGAGCCGAGAGGAGACUGUGGAGUCCCGGACUGCCGUCAGCGAGAGAGUCAGCUGAUUGGCUUGGCCGGCUGACUGACAUGUUGGUGGCCCAGUUGACUGAUUGGUGGAGUGGACACCGAUCAGAAGAGUUGAGGGGGGUUGAUGUAGAAUGAAUAUUUUACACUGUUUUCACGUAGAAAAGGAAAGUCACAUAGAUAUCUCUUUCUACCUGGAGAUUCUGUAAAGUCUCUGACGCCCAGGGCCAAGGAGGGCAUCUUUUUCUAGGAAAAACGACAAAAAAGGAUAAAAAUGGAUAAAAAUGUGUGUGUAUAUAAUCAAAAGGCAGCUGUUGUGUCC